AUGUCGGUCCGUGAGUAUUUUGAACGCUAUCAACAACUUACUUCUGUCGAGCAAACGAAAGACACUCUGAUCGAGGAAUUAAUACGACGUAUAACUGAGCUUGAGGGUGCAUAUAAACAAGAACAACUUGAUCAUGACCGCGAAAAGCGCUUUAACCGUGAUAUACAAUUUCAUGAGAUAGAGUUGAUGGAACAAAUUAAUCGCGCUAAAUCUAUAAUGAACCGCGAACCCUUCAUAAUCGUACUUCUGGAUGGAGACGGAAUGAUCUUCAAAGACGAGUUAUUACAACUGGGAGAAGAAGGUGGUAGAAAGGCCGCUAAAGAGCUGUCUCUCGCAGUGAAGGAUUACGUGGGGGACAAUUUUACGAGCAUCAUUUCCUCGAAGAUCAUUGCGAAAAUGUACGUCAACAUGAAGGCGCUAUGCGACGCUUGUGUUCGUGGCGGAAUCACAACGGAUCCUUCUACAGUUGAUGAAUUUUUGCGAGGCUUCAAUAAUAGCUUUCCGCUGUUCGACAUUGUGGAUGUUGGAGCCGCUAAGAACGCCGCACACGAUAAGAUAAAAGAAACCUUCAAACUACAUUUAUACAACUGCCACUGCCACCGGCUUUUCCUGGGUUGCACAGAUGAAUCACCAUAUCUCGGCAUCUUGGAGGAAGCUUUAACAGACGUGGAACUCUCAGGGCGGGUUACAUUGAUUGAAGGGAUUCCAUUCGGCAAGAACCUGGAAUCCCUUAAAACGCAUUAUGGGUUCACUAAAUUCCCUGGUCUUUUCCGAGACUCUAAGGUAAACGCUACCUGGGCUCCGUGGAAGGCUGCAGUGGCCACCAAACCUCGCACUCUCCUUACCCCGUCGCCGAGCCCUCAUGUAGCAGCACCACUGUCUCGAACACCCAGCAACAUGACAACGGCCAGUAAUAGUGCGCCUAUCUCGUUAACGCCAGCGAGUUCCAAUGGCUCCGAUGAUUUCCAGCUGGUGCGUUCGAAGCCCGCCUCCUCCCGUCCUAAGGUCGUGGAGCGGAAUAAGUACGGCCAACGUGUAGACCGACUUGACAUCCAACACAUCCCUCGCGAAGAAGUGAACCGCAUUAAGAAACUGAAACUAUGCAAUUAUUACUUUCUACAAGGCGAAUGCCCGAAUGAGAAUUGCCACCAUGACCAUUCUCGGAAACUAACCAAAGCUGAGCUUUUAACCUUGACAGCCGUUGCGCGAAUGACACCAUGUCGCUAUGGACUGGAAUGUGAUGAUCCUGAGUGUAUGUAUGGCCAUCGUUGCCCUCAGAGUGACCCUGGAAAAAAAGACUGCUACUGGGGUUCAAGUUGUCGAUUUAAUACGGCCGCACACGGCGUUGACACAAAUAUUGUCAAAGUGACCAAGGUCUAG